GCGAGGGGAUCGAUGGGUGUGGUGACAGGGGCCAUGGGGGCGUUGCUGCCGAAGCUGGCUGACCUGCUGAAGGAGGAGUACCAGCUCCAGAAGAGAGCCAGGGGAGAGGUCAUGUGGCUGACGCGCGAGCUGGAGAGCAUGCGGGCCGCGCUCCUCAAGGUCUCGGAUCAGGGACCGAUCGACCAACCACCUGACGCCCAAGUCAAGCUCUGGGCUACCAACGUCAGGGAUCUCUCCUACGACAUCGAGGACAGCAUCGACAGAUUCAUGGUGCGCAUCGACACCCCUAUGGUGCCAGACAACCCGCACGGCUUUUUUCGGGGUUUCGUCGAGCGAAGCCUCGGCUUGAUGAGCAAGGCCAAGAUUCGGCGCAGCAUCGGGGUCGAUAUCAGGCAGAUCAAGAGCCGCAUCAACGAGGAGAAAGAGCGCCAUGACAGGUACAGUGUUGUUGGCGGCCGUGUCGUCGCAGCCAAACCUGUCGCCCCAACCGUCGACAGCCUUCGCCUGUCCACCCUGUACAAGGAGUCCUCCAAACUUGUUGGUCUCGAAGAGAAGACCGGUUACCUGGUCAGGAAGCUGAUGGAAGUGCCUGACGAUAACGAGGGCUCGAGUCAGCAACUGAAUGUGGUGUCUGUCGUCGGCUUUGGAGGAUUAGGCAAGACAACUCUUGCCAAUGUAGUGUACAAGGAGCUUAGAGCAAAGUUUGAUUGUGGGGCCUUUGUUUCCAUCUCUCUUAGUCCUAACAUGGUGGGGAUAUUCAAGAAAAUGCUCCGUCAGCUCGACGAGAUCAGGUAUCAACACAUUAAUGGAGAAACCUGGGAUGAAGUGCAGCUCAUCGAUGAACUAAGGAAAUUCCUUCGAAACAAGAGGUACAUCGUUGUUAUUGAUGAUAUCUGGAACAUUUCUGUGUGGAAGACAAUCAAAUAUGCAUUGGUUGAUAAUCAACUUGGAAGCAGAAUAAUUACAACAACUCGAGCCAUAGACGUUGCUGAACAGGUUGGCGGCGCUUAUCAACUUGAACCUCUUUCACCUAAUGACUCAAUAAAGCUAUUCAGCCAAAUUAUAUUUCAGUCAAAAGAUAAAUUUCCUCCUUAUCAUUUGUCCGAAGUAUCUCAAAAAAUUAUGAAGAAAUGUGGUGGUAUACCAUUAGCUAUCAUUACAAUAGCUAGCAUGCUAGCUAGUAAAAAAGGUAAUGAACAUGAGUACUGGUACAGGGUGUACCGUUCCAUGGGUUCUGGGCUUGAGGACGGUCCUGAUUUGAGGAACAUGAGAAGGAUAUUAUCAAUCAGUUACUAUGACCUACCUCCACAUUUGAAGACAUGUUUAUUGUAUUUAAGUUCCUAUCCAGAGGAUUAUCUUAUUAAUAGGGAAACAUUGAUAUGGAAAUGGGUAGGCGAAGGUUUUGUCGAUACUAAGCAGGGGAGAAGUUUUCAUGAGGUAGGAGGGGAGUACAUUGAUGAGCUCAUGAAUAAGGGUAUGAUCCAGUCAUCAGGUGAUAUAGUUAAUUAUCAAGAUUGUUAUCGUGUACAUGAUAUGGUGCUUGAUCUCAUCACUUCCCUCUCAAACGAGGAGCAAUUCCUAACAAGAUUAGAUGGGCAACAGUCCCUGUCUCUACCGAAAAAGAUUCGUCGACUGUCGUUCCAAACAAGCGAGGAAGAGGAUAUCAAGCUGCUGGCUGCCAUAAACUUGAGCCAUCUCAGAUCACUGACUGUGUUUGGGGAAGGUUUCAGUCUAUUGCCAGUUUCACCAAGCUUAUGCCCAUUCUUGCGUGUAAUGGAUUUGAGUGGUUGUGGCAAAGUUGACAAUCAGCAAUGUAAGGAUAUCUGCAAGUUAUUUCACCUGAGGUAUUUGUCGCUAUCUAGUGCCUGUAUCACGGAGCUCCCAAAAGAGAUUGCAAAUCUACAAUUUUUACAGGUACUGGACAUAAGUUCUACUGAAAUCAAAGAGCUGCCACCAACCUUUAUUCAGCUAAAACAGUUGGUGUACCUGCAUUUCCCCAAUAUGAUGAGAUUGCCAGAUGGUCUUGGGAGUCUAGACAGGCUACAAGAAAUUCCAAAUGUUAUCACUAUCGAUUCUCCAACCAUGCUGCACGAUCUAGGCUGUCUUUCUAAGCUGAGGCGGCUAGCAAUUUACUUCGACAGAUGGGAUGAGAGCUACGAGAAACCUUUCAUCCGGUGCCUGUCAAAGCUAGUAAGCCUUGAACUCCUGGAAGUAGAUGGAACCCUAGGUUCCACGUGUGGCAGUUCAUCUCCUGGGCCUCAACGGCUUCAGUCCAUUGACAUGUCAUUCUGCACCCUGACAGCAUUUCCAGGAUGGAUUUCCUCUCUCUGCUCCCUCUCCUCCCUGCAUAUCAUACUAUUAACGCUUGGAGAAGAGGACCUGCAAGUUCUUGGCAGCAUACCAUCUCUCAGUGAUCUCUACAUAUCGGUGGGCAAAGCCACACACGACAUGAACAGAAGGCUGGUCAUUGGGAGAGGUUGCCCAUUCCUGUGUCUAACACAGCUCAGUAUCUCGAGCAGAAGCAUGGAUGUGGGGUUCGCGCAGGGAGCCAUGCAGAAGCUCAGGGAUCUCAGUUUGGGCUUUGAAGCAGGUGAGACCAUGGAUGAAUUUGGAGAUUUUAACUUCGGUCUGGAGAACCUCUCUUCGCUUGAGUCUGUCGAUGUUUGGAUCCGGUGUUCUGGUGCCAAGCCAAGGGAGGCGGAUGAUGCAGUUACAGCAAUUCAGAGAACGCUCCACAUGAACCCCAACAACCCCACCAUGGAGGUGUACAUGAUAUGCUAACCCACACUUAAUUUCAACCAGAUUCACGGACUGGCUUUAGAAUAACAAGUACUAGCCACUUUCUUUCUUUUCUUUUCUUGACAUAAGCCCUUGUUUAGUUUGUAAAUUUUUUUUACAACAA